AUGACCCCCUUGACCUCCUCCUCCUCUUCCUCCUCCUCUUCCUCAUCUUCUUUCUCAUCAUCUUCUUCCUCAUCAUCUUCUUCCUCUUCUUCA